AUGACAAGUGUGCGAGAAAGCCAAACUUCAAAGCACCGGAGCAACCCUGCACAGCGUGCAGAGUACCUUCAGAGGGCCACCUUCAAUUACAGGCUGAGCCGCGCACGUCGCCUCAUUGAAAAUGCAUUCAGCAUUAUGUCAAGUCGGUGGCGGAAUCUCCACAGAGCCUUUAGGGCCUCAGAGACCAACACCGAAAACAUCAUCCGGGCAUGCGUCGUGCUGCACAAUUUCAUGUUCCAGAAGUCGCCACAUGCAAGGCUGACAUAUAAUCCACCAGGCUAUGUGGACCAUGAGGACUGGCAGGGCAGCUGCAUGGAAGGAGCUUGGAGGGACGGCGACGAUGACCCCUCUAUAUUUAGGGAGCCCACUGCGUCUGGCUGUCACUCCGCUAGAGUGGCGAUAGAUGUCCGGGAGAAGCUUGCCGAAUUCUUUAUGAAUGAAGGCCAAGUUCCGUGGCAAGAGCGCAUCGUCACUCGGGCAGGUCAGCGGGUAAACUAAAGCCUGAGUAAAGGCAGAU